UAUCAUAUUGGUUAUCAAUUUAUAGUGCUUCAUGGAGGAGGUUAAGGAACACCCAUACGUCUUGGAAUGUGAAGCCGCUAAGCCACUGAUCGUUGACACCUUUAAAUUUAUGUACGACCUGGACUUUUUGAAUCCUCAGGCAGACGAGCUUACCACUCCACCACUGGCAAUGCCAAGGCUACCGCACGAAGUCAUCUUUGCGAUAGGCGGCUGGAGCGGUGGCACCUCUAAAGGUUGCAUCGAGACUUAUGACACGAGGGCAGACAGAUGGGUAACCAUUAACGCAGAGGAUCCUGCUGGUCCCCGAGCGUAUCAUGGAACCGCAGUGCUUGGCGUGGAUGGCGUGGAGUAUUUCAACACUUGCCGAGUUUUUGACGCGGUUAAAAAAAAAUGGAACGAAAUCGCACCGAUGCAUUGCAGGCGCUGCUACGUAAGUGUAACAGAGCUAAAUGGUAACAGCUCGCUUAAAAGUCUUUGA